AUGGAGACGAAAAGAAAACCUGGAGCUAAGGAUCCCUCUACGAUUACUCCGGAAUACAUUCUGGAGAAGAGGAAAGAGCGUGAAUUGAAGAAACAACAGAAACGAGAGGAGUUGAUCAAACGAGGCAUUGAUCCAGAUGCCAAACCCCUUCCAUCCCACAUGAAGGUGAUACAGAGGCCAAUGCUAGAUAUAUACCGGUCCAAAGCCUCAGGUGAGGGCCUUGAGAUUAAGAUCAUGACAUACAAUAUGUUAGCACAGGCAUUGAUCAGACGGAACUUGUUUCCCACCAGCGGUGCUGCCUUGAAGUGGGCCCACAGAUCACAGAGAUUAGGCUUUGAAAUUCAAUCUUAUAACGCUGAUAUUUUGUGCUUACAGGAAUUAGACUACGACCAGUAUAACUCACAUUGGAAGAAAGAGUUCAUGAAAUGGGGCUACUCAUCGCAGUACCACAGAUCUGGUAUGAAGAGACACGGCGUUGCAAUUCUUUACAAAAAUAGUUUAUUCAAAUUUCAGCAUUCUUACUUCAUUGACUACGAUAAAUUCGUUACCACAGGCGUGCCGCUUGCGACUCAAACACAGAAUGUUGGCUUAUUAGUAUACCUCAAGUUUCACGAGGAAGUCAAGAAAGCACAUCGUGGUCUCUCCAAAGAUGGCGUAAUUAUUGGAACUACCCAUCUUUUCUGGCAUCCAUUUGGCACCUUUGAAAGAACAAGACAGACAUACAUCGUGCAACACGAGAUGAAAGAAUUCACCAAGAUGAUGCAUCUUUUGUAUGGUGCUGAUGAAAAGUUCUACAGGUUCUUUGCCGGUGACUUCAAUGCGCAGCCAUACGACUCUCCUUAUCUUUCUAUGACUGCGAAGCCUGUUCAAUACAAGGAUAGAGCCAAAAGGGUUCUCGGAAAAGCCGCUUCUCAUAAAUGGGAUGAUCAAGACGCCGAUGAUGGUGGAGAAGACGUUUCGCAAGAGGACGAGACGGAACCAGAGGUGUUUGAAUGUUCUCAAGAUAUUCUGGACAAGAUAGAGCGUUUGCAAAAACUACAUAACGAUUUAGAUAUGAGGUUUAUAUCUCUAUAUUCAGUUGCAUACCGUCAGGUGCAUCCUGAAAAUGCUGUUCCAAGUGAUAGAUACGAGCCUCCGUUCUCCAACUGGGCGCACGCUUGGCGAGGGUUGCUUGACUAUAUCUUUGUUGCUUCAGAAUGGAAUGGGGAGAAAAUGGAUGAUGCUGUGGACUCCGUGGACGAGUUAGAGAGCCAGCAGCAGGUGAGGCUCCUUUCGCUUCUUCGAAUGCCAACCCCUGAGGAGAUGGGACCCGAGCCUUCGGGACAACCAAGGAAUGGCCAGUACCCGUCUGACCAUCUAUGUCUCAUGGCUAGAGUCGAAUUGUGCUAG